UGCCACAUGAAGAGUGACGAAGCAUUGCUUGAAUGUAGAAAACCAUUACAACUUUACAUUGAAAAAAAAGGAGGAAGAAAUACACCUUUUACUUGGACCAAGAAAAAAUGAAUCUACUCUUCUCAUAGGAAGCUAAACCUUUCAUUACUUCGUCUAUAAGCCUACAGCAAGCUCUUACCUUCUUAACCAUCCACACAUUCCAAACUCCUAUUUAUGUCACACUCUUUCUGUCUCCCCGGCCCCUCCUCUCCUCUCUUCUCUCCCAUGGUGGAAGAAGCGAAUAGCAUGGAUAAGAGGAUAAACAGCAGCCAAGAGGCUGAGGUGCGGAAAGGCCCGUGGACCAUGGAGGAAGACCUUAUCCUCAUAAACUACAUAGCAAACCAUGGUGAGGGUGUUUGGAACAACAUCGCUCGGUCUGCAGGUUUGAAUCGCACGGGGAAGAGCUGCCGGCUUCGGUGGCUGAACUACCUGAGGCCUGACGUCCGGCGGGGAAACAUCACACCGGAGGAGCAGUUGCUGAUCAUGGAACUCCACGCUAGAUGGGGAAAUAGGUGGUCCAAAAUUGCGAGGCAGCUGCCUGGGAGGACCGACAACGAAAUAAAGAACUACUGGAGGACAAGAAUCCAAAAGAAGGUUAAGCAUGGCGAGUCCUUCGACUACCAGCAUGUGAUGCUUACUGAUGAAGCUAGUACCAGUACCAGCCAAACAAACAGUGUUGAAGAUGGUGGAUCUCAGCCGAGUUACACUGAACAGCACGAGACCAAUCCUGAUGCUCUUGCACCUCAAUUCUCCACUGAGUCCAGCGAUAACUUCUGGUCUGUCGAGGACUUCUGGUCGAUGCAGUCUCUCAAUGGUGAUUAAAUUAAGUGUGAUCAUGCUCAUGGACAGUGCUGAUGAUGGUAACCACCCUUUGGUAUUAAACUAUGUUGCAUUAAGUACGUGGUUACUGUACAAAAAUACCUAUGUGGUUAAGCUUAAUAAUGUAAGGACUGUGAGAUAUAAUGGUUAUGCUUGGUUUUUACUAGUUAUAAGUUCGUGUCCAACAAUGAAGGGCUAAAAGAUCAAUAGUUUGUAUAAGUGAUUAGAUUUAAUUAUGAUUACAAUAUGUGAUGGUUAAUUUCUAGUGACAGAAUUUAUCUUUAUCCAUACAUAUUUGAAGAA